GCCAUACAUACACACACUUUCGCUUCUCAAUAACCCAAUACUGACUAACUAACUGACUGACGGCCAAAACCACUCCCUUCAUGCCUCGCCUUGCCUCGCCCAGCCCACUCCACUCCACUCCACUCCACCAAACCCCAGAAACCAAGUUAUGUAGUUACCUAACAAACCCUCACACCAUACUAUUUACUAACCUACUUAUAUACGUACGCACAUGGUUAAAAAAACGCCCACAACGACCUCCCCACCCACCUACCCCGCCCACCUCUAUCCAGCAGCUGCAGCACGCACAACCCGCGCCCAUUCUCCGUCACGAUCUCGCCUCACCAGCGCUCUUGCCACACAUACAAACAUCUGCCUACAUACUUACACACUCACUUACCUACUUACAUACUAACUUACUCACCCGCCUCCCUCAUUUCUCCCACCUGCACCAUUUUCAAAUAUAUCCCAUCCAUCAGCGCAACCACACCGCACGACACCAAGCACCUUCCCUUCACUGAACCAGCUGCACCGCGCAUAUCCACUUACUCACUCACCCACUCAUCCACUCACUCAAUGCUCGCCCAAACGCACCUACCGUUUAUCAAGCCCCGAGUCUUUAGUUCGGACUCAAAACCCGCCACUCUCGCCCAUCAUUCCAUCCCACGGCACACAAGCAGCCGCUCCCCGUCCGUCAAGCGACCACGCGACCGCACCCAAGCCAGCCAGCCAGCCAGCGGCAGCAGCAGCAGCAUCAUCAGCAUCCCAAUACCUACACGCCUCCCGCCAGCCCGACAGCAGUAUCAGAACCUAGCA